CCUUGAUUGCCGGUCUGCUGUCAAACAGUUAAAAGUGUCGUGGUAAAAAGAGGGCUUAAAUACGGGCGAGCGUCAGACGGAAAGGAGCAGUUCAAUCCUUCGCGUGAACAUGUCUGAGCCUAUCAGAGUUUUGGUGACUGGGGCAGCUGGGCAGAUUGCCUAUUCCCUGUUGUUCAGCAUAGCCAAAGGAGAUGUCUUUGGUAAAGAACAGCCAAUUAUUCUUCUCCUCUUGGACAUAACACCCAUGUUGCCAGUUCUGGAAGGUGUUGUCAUGGAGCUGCAGGACUGUGCCCUCCCACUUCUGAGAGAGAUUGUCCCCACUGACAAGGAAGAGGUUGCCUUCAAGGACCUGGAUGCAGCCAUUCUGGUGGGCUCCAUGCCAAGAAAAGAGGGCAUGGAAAGAAAGGACCUGCUCAAAGCUAAUGUGGCGAUCUUCAAGAGCCAAGGAGCUGCUCUGGAGAAGUAUGCCAAGAAAACAGUGAAGGUUCUGGUUGUGGGAAACCCUGCCAACACCAACUGUCUGAUUGCAGCCAAGUCUGCUCCUUCCAUCCCUAAAGAAAACUUCUCCUGCCUCACCCGUCUGGACCACAACAGGGCUCGCUCUCAGGUGGCGAUGAGAUGCGGCGUUCCUGCCACCCAUGUAAAGAAUGUGAUCAUCUGGGGCAACCAUUCGUCCACCCAGUACCCAGAUGUGCAUCAUUGCCUUGUCAACAUGUCAGGGAGUGAGCUGGCCUGCUUUGAUGCAGUCAAGGAUGAUGCCUGGCUCAAAGGAGACUUUAUCGCUACAGUGCAGCAGAGGGGCGCUGCAGUCAUCAAGGCCAGGAAGCUGUCCAGUGCCAUGUCUGCUGCCAAAGCCAUCUGUGACCACAUGAGAGACAUCUGGACAGGCACACCAGAGGGUGAGUUCAUAUCUAUGGGUGUUUACUCCUCUGGAAAUUCCUAUGGGGUACCAGAAGACCUCAUCUACUCAUUCCCUGUCCAGAUCAAGGACAAGUCCUGGAAGAUUGUGGAAGGCCUGGCCAUCAAUGACUUUUCCAGAACUAAGAUGGAUGCCACAGCAGCUGAACUGAUGGAGGAGAGAGACACAGCUGUGACUUUCCUGAGUUCAGUAUGACUAGACCCUGCAACACCAUCUGACCAGCAGUUGGGCAACUCCACAACUCCAGACGCACGUCUGUAAAAUAACACUCCGCCGAUCCCUGCUUUACUCUGUGUGUGUCUGAAGAAAUCUGUGUUUAUGAGUGUAAAGUUGGAUUUAUACUUGUGCAUUAUGUUUUGUAGGCCACAGUUGCAGUUUCUGAACUGAUUAAAAUCAAGUGUUGAUGUACUGUAUAGAUCGAUUCCUACACUUCAAAAUGCAUAAGUAUAGCUUCACCUUAUUAGUAUGUCCAUAAAACAUAUUACCAACUGUUACAAGUGGAAUUUUUCCGGGGGUAAAUGAAACCUGGAUUGUUGUUACACAGUUCAGAAUGCACUAAGUCCUCAAACACUGGAACUGAUAACUUUUGAAUCUGAUAUAAUAAAAUAUUUGACAAUAA